GGUCGCAAAAUUUGAAGGACAAAUGUACUUUUUUAAGCCGAUCGAGCAAGAUGAGAUUAGAUCAGUCAAGACCGCUUGCUUCGGGACGGACGGAGCGCAGUUUCCGCUUCUUUACAGUCGAGGGCCCUUACAUACCGCGACUGUUCCCUAGGUUUUAUCAAGCUUCGCUCAGGGUCGAAAACAGGCUUUCAACAUGAGCACCUCUCGUAAAGCCGUCAUCGUUGGUGCCGGUCCUGUAGGCUCCUUGUCUGCCAUUGUGCUCGCCAAACGAGGCUGGAGCGUAUCUCUUUUCGAAGGACGUCCUGAUCCUCGACUUCCAUCUUCCAAGGAAGCCUCCCGUCUGCGUUCGAUAAAUCUUGCUAUUUCACACAGGGGGAUUUGUGCCAUUAACGCAAUCGAUCCGCAUGUGGCCAAGCGAUUUUUAGAGGCCGUUGUUCCCAUGCGAGGGCGCAUGAUUCAUCAUUUGGACGGAAAACUUGAUAGCCAAUUGUACGACAGAGAUGGACAGUGUAUAAAUUCAGUUGAUCGUUCCCUACUCAACGAGGCCUUACUUGAGGAAGUCAUUGGUCUACCCAAUGUUAAAGUGUUUUUCCAGCACAAGUUGCAGCUGGUCGACUUCGAAAACAAGACUAUGACUUUGAGGGAUCAAAGUACAGGCCAGGACGUCUCAGCCGAUUUUGAUUUUUGUAUCGGAGCCGACGGUGCCUUUUCGACUGUUCGACGACAGAUGAUGAGGGUUGUCAGAAUGAAUUAUCAACAAGAGUACAUCAGGGACGAAUACAUUGAACUCAAGCUCUCGGCAGGCAGGGACGCUGAUGGGUAUCCAACUUUCCUCCUUGAUCCGAACCACCUGCACAUAUGGCCUCGUCACUCAUUCAUGCUCAUCGCUCUCCCCAAUCAGGACAAAACAUUUACAUGCACUUUAUUUGCACCUAGCUCCGAGCUUGAUCGUCUGAGCACUCCAGAAGAGAUUCUAACGUGGUUCAAAUUGCAUUUCCCGGAUGCUGUCAGCCUUAUUGGCGAGAAGGAGCUCCUGAGGGACUUUACGUCCAACCCUCGAAGUCCCUUAAUCUGCACCGAGUCCAAUCCGUACCAUUACUUGGACAGGGCUCUUCUAUUAGGCGAUGCUGCGCAUGCCAUGGUUCCAUUUUACGGCCAAGGCUUAAACUGUGGGCUGGAGGAUGUGAGAAUUCUGGACAUUCUGUUAAGGGAAGAAGGUGUCAACUCCACGACUGUCCCUCCCGGCACCAUAGACGACCGUCUUGCACGUGCCCUCUCUCGCUAUUCUGAGACGAGACACGAAGAUCUUGUCGCCAUCUGUGAUCUUGCGAUGAACAACUACAUCGAAAUGCGCCACUUGGUGACUUCCCCGUUAUUUUUGUUCAAGAAAGCGCUUGAUAAUCUUCUUUAUUAUCUGUCGUCGAGACGGGACAUGUCGUUUGACGCAUUUAACUCAACACUCUCUCAUCUGCCGUAUGGAUUGGGGGAACCUCGUGGGUGGGUACCACUGUAUACAAUGGUUACAUUCCGUCCCGACAUUAAUUACGCCACGGCUAAGAAGAGGGCGGCUAGGCAGUCUGGAAUACUUAGCGGCAUGGGGUGGGCUAGCAUCGCUGUUGUCGCUUCGGUUGGGGUAUGGGCAGUACGAGCCGCACGGCUGGCCCUCCUGCACCGGUCGCAAGCCUGA